AAACAAGUUACCACACCACCAAGUAGCACAGGGAGAAACUGCUGCCUGUAAAGCAACACCCAGCUCUUCAUUCCUCUCCCGCUCCCUCCUUCGGUUUGUAAAAUCUGCCUCGGAUGCAAUUGUUCCUUUUAGUUGUGGGGAGGAAAGUGGCACUGUCUGCUGGGGAGGGAAAAUGCCGAUCCCUGGGAUUUCUACACAAAUAAUGAGACAGAAGACAAUGAGGACAUACACGAUCUGAAGAAAAGAAGAUCUAACCCUCUCUUCGGUUUCCUGCUGGCGUUUCUCUGAGCUCUAGGAUUUUUUAUUUUUUAUUUAUUUGGGAGGAAAACACGCACGCACACUCAUUGACUUCAAGUGCAUAGUGUGCAGCUGGGGUGAACCUUAUUGGAUCUGAGAAUUCCCCAUUGGAUACAAAUUUGCAGGAAAUUCUCCCGUGUGCACAAAGAUCAUCAUGAAUUCUGUGGCUGGGAAUAAAGAGAGAAUUGCAGUCACAACCCGAAGCAGGAAAUAUGGGGUGAACGAUCCCUGCUCCCCCACCAAAUCCGCGGCGCCUUUCUCGCCGGAAAGCUGGUACAGGAAAGCUUACGAGGAAUCCCGGGCCGGCAGCCGCCCAGCCCCCGAGGGCGCCGGCUCCAUACUGGGCUCUUCCGGCACCCCUUCGCCUGGCUCGGGCACGUCCUCGCCGGGCUCCUUCACCGGAUCACCGGGCCCCGCUUCUCCGGGGAUCGGCAGCAGCUCGCCCGGCUCGCUGGGGGGCUCUCCGGGCUUCGGCACCGGAUCGCCCGGUUCCGGCAGCGGAGGAGGCUCCCCGCCGGGCUCUGACCGAGGCGUCUGGUGUGAGAAUUGCAACGCCCGCUUGGUGGAGCUGAAGAGGCAGGCGCUCAAGCUGCUCAUCCCGGGGCCCUUCAGCAGCAAGGACCCAGCAUUUUCUUCAGCAAUUCAUGACAGACUGCAGGUGCCCAACACCACCCGCAAAGCAUGGAACGAAAGAGACAACCGGUGUGAUGUGUGUGCCACUCACCUGAACCAGCUGAAGCAGGAGGCAAUUCAGAUGGUACUUACACUUGAACAGGCUGCCAACGCCGAACAUUGUGAUGCUUCUCCUGGCUCCCCUCCUCCCCUUCCCAAUAUCCCCACCUUAGUGGGCUCUCGACAUAUGGGCAGUCUGCAACCCAGAGACUGGGCAUACAUGUCUGCUCCUUAUGCUACUUCCAAUUAUGCUGGCUUUCUUCCUAACAAACUCAGCGGAAAACCAAACAACAUAGGGGUCGUUAAUGGGAUAGAGAAGAAAAAUGGUUCCUUGGGGCACCAGGCAAAGGUCAGUGUACAGAUGGCCACCAGUCCCAGCAAUGGUAACAUCCUGAAUUCUGUGGCUAUCCAAGCUCAUCAGUACCUAGAUGGCACCUGGUCCUUGUCAAGAACUAAUGGCAUUACUCUGUAUCCCUAUCAAAUCUCCCAGUUGAUGACAGAGACUGGCCGAGAGGGACUGACAGAAGCUGUGCUGAACCGCUACAAUGCAGACAAGCCUUCUGUGUACAGCUUACCUGGUUCGCAAAGCACCUGUGUUGCCAGUGACACAUCAACAGGCACCUCAGUAGCAGCUUCCUUUUUUGCCAGAGCUGCACAGAAGUUGAACCUAUCUUCCAAAAAGAAGAAGCACAGACCCUCUACAUCCUCUGUUUCUGAAUCUCAUCUUUUCACUACCAAGUUCAGCACUAUUCUACAGACUUCUCCUCCACCUGCUCCACCAUGUUUGUUGAGGGCAGUUAACAAAGUGAAAGACACUCCAGGACUGGGCAAGGUGAAGGUCAUGGUACGAAUAUGUUCCACCCUGGCCAGGGACUCUUCUGAAUCCAGCUCCUUUUUAAAGGUUGAUCCUCGCAAAAAGCAAAUUACACUUUAUGAUCCAUUGUCCUGUGGAGGCCAGAACUCCUUCCAAAAGAGAAGCAGUCAAGUGCCACCCAAGAUGUUUGCAUUUGAUGCAGUUUUCCCUCAAGAUGCCUCUCAGGCUGAAGUAUGUGCAGGAACCGUAGCAGAGGUGAUCCAAUCUGUCGUGAAUGGUGCAGAUGGAUGUGUAUUUUGCUUUGGACAUGCCAAACUAGGAAAGUCCUACACUAUGAUUGGAAAAGAUGAUUCCAUGCAAAACCUUGGCAUAAUCCCUUGUGCUAUCUCCUGGCUUUUCAAGCUGAUUAAUGAGCGGAAAGAGAAGACAGGAGCUCGCUUCUCCGUCCGAAUAUCAGCCGUGGAAGUGUGGGGGAAAGAAGAAAAUCUGAGAGACUUACUGUCAGAGGUGGCAACAGGCAGUCUACAAGACGGCCAGUCUCCAGGUGUCUACCUUUGCGAGGACCCAAUUUGUGGCAUGCAGCUUCAGAAUCAAAGUGAACUCCGCGCCCCAACUUCGGAGAAAGCUGCCUUCUUUCUUGAUGCAGCUAUUGCCUCACGUCGAAGCAGCCAGCAAGAUUGUCAUGAGGAGGAUCACAAGAAUUCCCACAUGCUGUUCACUCUGCACAUCUACCAGUACCGAAUGGAGAAGAGUGGCAAAGGCGGAAUGUCUGGUGGUCGUAGCCGUUUGCACCUCAUUGACCUGGGUAGUUGUGUUAAACCGCUCAGCAAAAACCGUGAAGGAGGUUCUGGACUCUGUCUUUCAUUGUCGGCAUUAGGCAAUGUCAUCCUUGCCUUAGUCAAUGGCAGCAAACACAUCCCGUACAAAGACAGCAAGCUGACCAUGUUGCUCCGAGAGUCCCUUGGGAACAUGAACUGCCGUACCACCAUGAUAGCUCACAUUUCGGCUGCUGCAGGAAACUAUGCUGAAACACUUUCCACUAUCCAGAUUGCAUCCAGGGUCUUAAGAAUGAAGAAGAAGAAAACCAAGUACACGUCAAGCUCUUCUGGAGGAGAAAGCUCCUGUGAAGAAGGGAGAAUGCGGAGACCGACCCAGCUGAGACCUUUCCAUUCUCGGAAUGUUGUUGACCCAGAUUUUCCCAUUCUACACUUGUCCAGUGAUCCAGAUUAUUCUUCUAGCAGUGAACAGUCAUGUGACACUGUGAUUUAUGUUGGUCCCAAUGGCACAGCCCUCUCAGACAAGGAACUGACAGAUAAUGAAGGCCCCCCGGAUUUUGUCCCAAUCGUUCCCGCCCUUCAGAAAACCAAAAAUGAAGGCAAACUUGAGGAAAUGAGUGAGACAUGCUCCAGCACCUCUGAAAGGGACUGCUUGAAGUGCAAUACCUUUGCAGAACUCCAAGAGAGGUUAGACUGCAUUGAUGGAAGUGAGGAGACUGACAAAUUUCCUUUUGAAGAGUUGCCUGUUCAGUUCAGUACAGACCAAGUGCCCAAGUGCCCUUUGUCAGACCAAGUGGCAGAGCUCAGCCAUUUGUCAGAACCAGACAGGGAAGAUGACCUGGCAGACUGCCAACAUCUUGUUAAGGAUGUCAGGGACAAUCUCAAAGCAACAUCUAACAAAAUUCAGGGAAGUCAGUCCCCUGGUCACACGGGGAUGCUUAAUGAGGUUUCCACCCCACCCUCUCCUAGAAGUAUUACAGGUAGUCCUAGUAGUCAGAUGACUUGUUCUGAGCCAUCACUCUGCACUGACUUGCAAAGCAGCCGAGAAAGUCUUAACACCUGUGGCUUUGUAGAAAGCAAACCUCGGCCAAUGGGCUCACCACGACUUGGCAUUGCAAGCCUUUCCAAGACAUCCGAGUACAAGCCACCAACAUCUCCUUCUCAGAGGUGCAAAGUUUACACCCAGAAAGGGGUGUUGCCCAACCCUGCACCUCCACCAUCAUCACUAAGCAAGGACUCAGGGAUGGUGUCCAGUGAAUCUCUGAUGCAACCAGAGAUCCAUACUUCUCCCAUGGGAAUAAGCCCUCAAGUCAUGAAGAAGUCAGCGAGCAGUGGUGAUUAUGGAGAAAUGAAUGACAAUGGAGAACAGCAGCUACAGUCUAUUUCUCCUGAAUCAAAGAAGGAGAUUUUGAGCACCACCAUGGUCACGGUGCAGCAACCAUUAGAGCUGAAUGGAGAAGAUGAGCUGGUAUUCACCCUGGUUGAAGAGCUGACCAUUAGUGGGGUGCUGGAGAAUGGCCGGCCAACAAGUAUCAUCAGUUUUAACAGUGACUGUUCUGUGCAGGCUUUGGCCUCUGGGUCUAGGCCGGUUAGCAUUAUCAGCAGCAUUAGUGAAGAUCUUGAAUGCUAUGCCAGUACAGCUCCUGUUUCUGAGGUCAGUAUCGCUCAGUUUCUGCCUCUUCAAAAAUUGGGACUAGAUAACAAAGCUGAAGAAGCUGAAAGCAGACGUUCGUCUAUCAGCUCAUGGCUUAGUGAAAUGAGCACCGGCAGUGAUGGUGAACAAUCAUGUCACAGUUUCAUAGCACAGGCAUGCUACGGUCAUGGGGAAGCAAUGGCAGAAGCUCCUGUGGCUGACCUUGCAAGAGCCAUGCAGGAUAAUAGUGCCAUUUGUUUAAAUGACAAGCAGAAGCCAGUGACUGAUGGUAUGUUUGUACUGCCAGAGAUGGUUGAGGAGAGUAUUAAUAAAAUGUCUCCCAUCAAAGGCUGUAAAAUCUCAGCCUUGGGCAAGACAACAGUCACAAUAUCAAACACCACAAGUGUAAGCAGUGGUGAAGGCUUCAUUCCGAUGAAGACCAACAUUACCGUAUAUCCAUGCAUUGCUGUUAAUCCCUUUAAGGCACAAGAGACUCAAGACACCAUAUCAUCAGUAUCUUCACCAGCAAAAAAUUCUCAUCCUCAAGAGGUGAAAGAAUCUAGUAUAAGAAAAGAGAUAAAAUUUGAUGAUCCUUGGCUAAAGAGGGAAGACAGUGUGAAGAAAGACAGCUGUGAGCCCAAGUCAGAAGUCAGCUCUGAACAGAAUAAGAAGCAGAACUCAGCAGACAGGUUUAGUAGUAGUAGUGGAGAGACCUCUAGCUCCCCAGGAACUGAAACCCUGAAGAGGGUCAUAGAUGGGUGUGAAAUUGGACUACUCAGUUCUACAACCCACAGUCCAGUUCAUCCUACUGAGAGCAUAAAGAAUGGCAGCCUCACAAGGGGGUUCCAGAAGGCCAACAAGCAGGAGGAAUUAGAUUUUGUUUCUUAUCAUUAUGUUGAUGAGAACAAUGCUGUUGGCUGUCCUGUUGCCUCCAAGUCUUCAAAAGUUAGCCUCGAAAGAAAAAUGGCUUCUCCCAAGCACUGUGUUCUGGCACGCCCAAAAGGUACACCACCAUUGCCUCCCGUGAGGAAAUCUAGCCUAGAUCAGAAGAACAGGGCCAGCCCUCAGCACAGUGCCUGCAGUAGCAGCACCAGCAGCCCUUCCAACCAACCAGUAUCUUUCCUGGCUAGCUUUCCUGAUGAGCUGAGUGGGAAACAAAAAGGCUCCAGUAUGGAGAGUGGAAACAAUAGUAGCAGUAAAUUAUUCAGUGCCAAACUUGAACAGCUGGCUAGUAGAACCAAUUCCCUAGGAAGAUCUAGUGGGAGCCAUUAUGAGUGCCUAUCAUUGGAAAGGGCAGAGAGUCUGUCCUCUGUGAGCUCCAGGAUGAGUCCUGGAAAAGAUACCACAAUGCCCAGAGCUGGGAGAAGCCUCAACCGUAAUGUGAUGUCCUCACCAACAAGUGCAGGCAUUUCUCAAUCUGCAGGUGCCUCUCCAAAGGCCAGUCAAUCAAAGAUCUCUGCAGUGAGUAAGCUCCUUUUGGCAAGUCCUAAGGCUCGAAGCCUGGCAGCAUCAACCACCAAAACACUUAGCUUUUCUACCAAGUCUCUUCCUCAGACUGUAGGACAGAGCUCAAGUUUGCCUCCAAAUGGAAACAAUAUGUCCUGGUCCACUCAGUCGCUCAGCCGAAAUAGGGGCUCUGGACUUUCUGCAAAGCUGCCUCUCCGAGCUGUCAAUGGGAGGAUUUCAGAGCUGCUGCAAGGAAGUACUGGCACCAGAGGUUUGCAGUUGCGCAGGAACUCGGAUACAGAUGAACGUGGCGGUACUCAUGGAGAUGAGAAGCCACCAGUUCACCUGCUGCCUUCACCUUACAGCAAGAUCACUCCACCGAGGAAGCCUCACCGCUGUAGCAGUGGCCAUGGGAGUGACAAUAGCAGUGUUCUGAGUGGAGAACUGCCACCUGCCAUGGGGAAAACAGCCCUGUUCUACCACAGUGGAGGAAGCAGUGGGUAUGAGAGUAUGAUGAGAGACAGUGAAGCAACAGGGAGUGCUUCCUCAGCACAAGAUUCGAUGAGUGAGAACAGCAGCUCGGUCAGUGGGAGGUGCCGAAGUCUCAAAAAUUCAAAGAAGCGUUCAAGUACAGGUUCUCAGAGACGGAGGCUCAUUCCAGCUUUAUCACUUGACACAGCCUCUCCUAUAAGGAAACCUACGAGCCCAGCAGUACGCUGGGUAGAUGGGCCCCUGAGAAGUGCCCAGAGAGGAAUGGGAGAGCCCUUUGAGAUCAAAGUCUAUGAGAUUGAUGAUGUGGAGCGGCUCCAGCGGCGACGCACAGGGGACAGCAAUGAGGUGAUUUGCUUCAAUGCUAAACUGAAAAUCUUGGAGCACCGGCAGCAGAGAAUCGCGGAGGUCAAGGCCAAAUACGAGUGGUUAAUGAGGGAGUUGGAAGUGACCAAACAGUACCUGAUGUUGGAUCCUAAUAAGUGGCUCAGUGAAUUUGACCUGGAACAAGUAUUUGACUUGGAUUCUCUGGAAUACUUGGAAGCUCUUGAGUGUGUGACUGAGCGGCUAGAGAACCGUGUCAACUACUGCAAGGCCCACCUCAUGAUGAUCACUUGCUUUGACAUCACUUCCAGGCGUCGGUGAAGAAAUAACCUCAAGAAUGUUCUGAACUACUGCCACCCCUUUUCUCCCUUAUGAACAGCACCCCAAAGACACAGAAUGAGGAUGAAGGUUGGUGUCACGUUUUGACUGCGUGUGUGAGAUUUCCCCCCUCUCUUUUUGCUGAAGAGCGGUACAUAAACCGAAUAGAUGAUGAUAAGCAAAGACAUGAGAAACAAGGAUGUGCAUUCUCCAAGCCUGAAAGAGCACUUUGAAAAAUCUUUAAGGACAUGUUUGUAAAUAGGAACUGCUGGCAGAAAUGACUUCCCCCCCAAUAAUAACCGAAGAGGGAGAAAGAAUGGAUGUAGGACCGCUGCUGAGAGCACCAUUAAAGUACAAAUACACAGAAAGAUUGUCUUAAGUGCCUUGCAAAUCUUUAUUAUCCAAACAUUUAUGUUCAUACUUUCUUGUGUACAGAUGGUGCUAGUCAUAAAAAAGAAAAGAAAAAGACAAAAAAUCGAACACCUUUUUGAAAUGUAUUACAGCCUGUUUUUUCUCUUGGUGUUUUAUCCUAUUUCUGACUUGCUGUUUCUAAGUAACUUGUGUUUGUAGAAAUAUUUCUUAUCUGAUACAGCAUAUAAAUAAAUGUUAACUGUUUUUAUUGUUGCACCAGAGUAUGGCCACUCAAAGAGAAAAUCAAAUAUCCCAGGUUUACCCAGAAAUGGUUGACAGUAAUGGAGGAGAAGAGGUCCACCUACCCUAGUUACCUAAGAACAUAAAUGUAGAUGUUCUGGCAGAAUAGCAAGCCUUUAAUUGGUAUUGACUUUCCUUGGGAAAUUGUUGUCUGCAUGUUUUUUUGUUGCUUUUGGCAAUCAAAUAGGAUAUUUACAACACCAUGUUUUAUGGCUAUUCUAGAGAAGACUGUAAAGCCCCUACUUCCAUUGCUUCAUAUAAUUCCACCACUUUUUUCCCUAUUCUGCUUCUAUCUUAUCUCAGAGAUGCAUGAAUUAUAGUUAAGAUCCUCCACUUACACCCACCUAUUAUGAGUGCAAGACAAAUGAACAUAAGAAUUCCUUUGGUCCUUUCCAAGGACCUGCUUAUACACAGGAUAUGAAGAUGAUAGUUGUCCUCCUGUUCCUUGUCCCCACUUAUAUUGUAGAUGGUCAACUGGUGUUCAAGGAAACAAUUUUAUUGGGCCCUGAUAGCCCUACCCAAUUUUCAUUAUAAAAAGGUUGGCCACAAUUAAGUGUAAACACUUAAACGUUACAUAUUUCUGCUGAGAGUGCUCUCUGCACAUGCAGUGGUAUGAAGAAGAUUGUUCACAAAUGUGGUCUCCCUAACAGCUCCAAAAGCCAAAGCUGUGGAUAUAGAGCUUUUUAUAUUUUUAUUUUUAAUUAACUUCUACCAAGUGAGUGUUAGGAAGGGAAAGUGGAGAGAGAGGGAGCAGAGGGCUGGAUUUAGCUCCCUAGUCCUCUUUCUCAACAAAGAGCUGCUCAUCUGGAUUUUAGUUAUUUAAAACCAUCACCAUGCAUGAUAUGCUCCCUCUACUUCUAUUAGUACUAAAACGUAAUAAGAACAUUGUUUGUUUCUAAUGAACCACUUCACAAAGGAUUCAAUCCAAUAUCUAGAUGCAAUAGCCAAAACUAAUAAUAGAUUUAGACAAGAAAUGCUGUUUCAGGAACAUCAUAUAGCAGCAUGAUGAUUUGCCCCCAACUAGGUAAUAUUUCCUUGAAGUGAACAAUACAUCACUGCUGUUUAGGCUUAAAGCUGUAGACAAAGAGAGAGAUCAGUAUAUGCAUUUUUCUAGCCAGAGCUGCUCUCCUUUUUAGAAAGAUUGAGGCUCUAAUUCUGCUUUCUUGUACAUUAAUCCAAUUCCAUUUGACUCCCAGCUGGGGAAGGGUGAGUAAAAUAGUUAAAAUAAUAAGGCUGGAUGAAACUAGUGCCUGGUUUGAUGUGUGAGGAGCAAAGGAAACUUCUUGUAAACCUGUUGCCGGUCUAGGCAUGGGCUUUUGGGUAGCUUCUUCAUUCAUAAGCGUGCAGGUAGAAUGUAUGCUUUUUUCCAGUUGCCUCCCAAUAAGCUAUUUGUAUCCAUCUGCAUUAACAAAUGCAAUAUUGCCAUGUGUUUUACUUGCUCACCAGCUUUUCUACUGUUUGCCUCCUACGCCUUCCUUGAAAUCGGACCCCCUAACUUUUCUCCUGAUCAGCUGUUAGUUGGGGCAAGCGAAUUAGUGUGUGUGGGGGAUUAUAUCUCCUAAUCUUGUUUUCUUCUGGCCAUUAUUGACAUUCCUUGAAAUUUCCUGAACAAUAUUAAUGACAUAGUAGAUAGGAACAUAGGAACCUGCUAUAUACUGAGUCAGACCAUUGGUCUAUCUAGCUCAGUAUAGCUUCCCAAAAUCUGAGUUUCCUAGAGCAUAACAAAGCAUUCUGCCAGGAAAUGCAGCACUUCUGAAACUGUGACAAGACAUCCACUCAACUGCAAGUUAAUUUAAGAUAACUUCACUAGACUUCAUAUUAAGUAGGCUUCUGGCGCAACCAGUCAUUUGUAAUACCUUUUAAAAAUGUGACAAGAGCAGGAUAAAGUCAUUAAAGUGUCUAGCAGUUCAAGCUCAGCAACAUUUCCUAAUUAGCUCUUUAAUCAGCUAUUUUGCUAGCAAGGUAAGCAGGGGAUACCUAGAAAAUAAUGCAGAAAGGGAGAAAUAAUGCAGAAAUAAUACAUAUCUUCAUGACUGGUUCACACAACACAUUGUGGGUAGUUUUUCCUCCUACCUUGCUUCCACACAGUCACUUCUACCCAGGUUUUCCUCUAACCGUGCUUCCACACAAUCAAAAAUUGGGAGUACACACAGAUCCCAAACCCGGGUAGAACACAGUUUUCGAUUGUGCGAAUGACCUCAUUUUCUUCUACAACAGAUCUACACAACUUCUGAUCCACUAAGACACAUGCAGCCUACCAGUUAUAUGUAGUUUACUUGGGAAGCUGUGAUGCACCUGAUGGACUACAAUACAUGGUUGUGGGGCUGAGUUCUGCAUAGUCAGGACAAAAAUUAUUCCAUGAUCAUUUUGCUGCUAACUAGGUUGCUGCUAACUAAGACCUAUCUGGGUUGCUUGCAGAAGAUGUUGGAAAAUAAUAUACGUGAACCAGCAAAUAAUGAUGUUGCUUUUAGCAUCCAUUUAGAAAGACAGAAUCAAUGGAUGACUUUUCUUGAUUUCAUUUCAUUGAUUUCCAUAACUGCAAGAGAAGAGAAAGUAGAUGGGAAUUUCACGAUAAGAUCGAAUGAUUCAGCAACCUGGGCAUAUCACAUAUGUGGUAGAACACAGGCCAAUGGCCAAUAUGUUCUCCAUUCAUGCAGCAAUGAGUGAUGCACUGAUAUAGUUUUAUGAUAAGUUCCUUAUGUUAUGCAUUGCUGUUUGUGCAUAACCACACAGACACACAAAGCUUAGCUGCACCCUCACACAGAUUCAUCUAUGCAUUCUAUGCUUUCCUAGCUAGUACCCAUAUACAUACAAACACUUGCAAAUCUGAUCCCUGUAUCAAAAGGAGGGUAGAGAGAUGGUGGAAAUGUUUGUGCAUACACUGAAGGCAAUGUUGCACAGCAUUUCUUAAUUGCUAGCCAUUCUGACUAGCCCUUCAAUUUCCCAUAUUUUUAUUUCCAAACGGUACUAGAAAAAAUAUAUGACUCUCACCAUAGGAGACAAAUGUUUCUCUUUUUGCUAAGUUUUUGAAAAAAAAUGUUCAGGGGAAGGAAAGAGUGGCCUGCAUAGAUGAAUCUGUGUACUGGUGUAGGUUUUAUGUGGUUGCAUUAGUGUGGUUCCUCACAAGCAGCAAAGCGUAACUUAUGAAGCUCAUCAUAAAGCUAUAUCAAUAAAACCUUUACAACCCCACUCACCAGCAGGCUGGCCAUUUAUGCCACAUUUUAUAGAAACUGUAUUUUAAAAUGAAGAUUAUGUUAUUGUUUCUCCUUGUUCUUCAGCCUGUAAAGCCAAGCUGUUGUGUUUGCCUCAUAAAAACCUUGAAAAAAAUGUAACAUCCAUAAAACUGAUAGAAAUACACUCUCAGGUGUCACUAAUUUAAGGAUUGAUGCUCAGUAGACUACCAGGAUUAGCUCUGCUGCACAUAUUUAGAAACAGAGAUAGUAUGAUCAAUACAAUAAUUAAUUAACUAACUUUAUUGGUUAGCCACCCCAUAACAACUUGUUCUCUAAUUUUUGUAAUAAAAUCUUAGUAUUUCUAGCCCCAAUACAUGGGCUUCUCUGAACUGCUAGCUUGAAAAUCCCAUGUUGGGGAUAGAGUUCUGCCACAGACAUUUGGGCACCAAGAACUGUGUUGUGAUGUAUGCAUGUUGUGUGUCGGACAUGAUGAAAGAUGGGUGCAAGAGUGGCAAAUAUGGCUGCUAUCUUAUUAUGAUCAUAACCUGCAUGUAAAACAUUAGACAAAUUCUCAUUAAACCAGUGAUUCACUACCCCAGAUGUCAGUGGACAAAGCAUCAGCCACAUAUUUUCAGGUUACUACACUUGGCUAUGGUGCAUAGCACUGAAGAAGCCAGCAGCUCUUUUGCUGGCUGCGACUCUUUGGCUCACUCCCGGAUGUUCUCAACUAAUAUUAGUAGGGCAUAGCAUGGCUAAUAAUGUCCACCUUUUAUUAACAUUGUAUAACGAGAUCGGAGCAUCCUGUGAUCUUUCUUCUUCUCUAACAAACAGUCCAGGAAUUAUAGCAACCAUAUUCUUCUGAACUGUUUCCAGCUGGAAGACUUUUAUGGAGCAGCUUUCUGUGGCCAAUUGAGCAGAUGCUGCAUGCUUCCCAAAGGAAACCUAAUGUGAGAUGAUCCAAAUUAGCCCACAGUAUUGGUUUUUAGCAGCAGAGGUGGGGGCACGAUUGAUCGAUGACAUUGAAAGCUGUUGAUUUUGCACACCAUCUCAGGAGUACCGUGUGUUACUGAAUUCCUGGCAAACAAAUUUAAAUGCCGAGUUCUAACCUGAUUCAUGGCUGUGGCCCAAGAAGGUCAUGUUGCAGGAGAAUCUGUGGUCAGUUCUUAGGAUGAAGCUUGCCUAAUUAAAAAAAACAGAAGAAAAUGGUGUAUUCUUUCAAACUAGCCUCCCAACUUUUCCCAGGAAAAUAAAUGCUUUUAAAAAGAAACAACUUUGAGUGGUCCUACUCAAAUAUGGAGCAUACUUUAUAAUGAAAUGAUGGUAAUAAACAUGGUGCUGAAAGCAGUUUCAGCUAUAUCUAUAUUACAUAUACUCUCUAUAUGGAUAUAGCCACCUUAUGUACUGUGUAAUAUAAUGUGUGUGAAUGGAUAUCCAAAUGACACACACACUUGCCUAGAGAUUUUAUGUAUACAUAGAUAUUCCUUUUUCUAAAUUUUAACACCUCCCCUCUUAUCCCUAGCUGAAACUGCUAUCUGACAUCCAUCAUCUAUUUGACGUAUGAAGGACAUAAUUUAUUUGUAAACUCAGGAUGUUCUUGCUUUAUAGAAUUGCUUGUACUUUAUAAUUUAUUUACCCAUCAUGAUUGGAAAUGCUUAUCUAAGUGCUAUGCAUUGAAGUGUACAUUUGCGGAAUCCAUUUCAUUCUGUCUGUGGCUAUGUCCUUUCUCAUAGUAACAGUGGUAUAAUAAAGUCACGUGAGGUUGGAGAGCAGCCCUGGUCAUGGGCAAAGUGCUUCUACUGAGUCAGUCAUGAGAAGUUCCACAAGAAGACAGAUCCAUGUAUAUGGAUGUUCUGCUAUAUCAGCUAAGUUUUUUGGAACAGAAAGAAAAAGAGUAGGAAAGAAUGAGAAAAAGACCCACAAAACUCUGCAAGGUGAUUGAAAGGAUAUGUUGAGCCUUUUGCCAUUAAUAUGUAAAGUUUACUGUUUGCUGGCUUAAAAAAAAUCUCUUACCUUUUGUGGUAUAUGAGGUGUGAAACAUAUUGUCAAAAAUAUGAUGUUUAAAAGAUAUCAAAAUAUAGUGGCAUUAAAUGUUUACUUUAUCUUA